GGAGCCGACCAUAGUGCAGCGCUCGUUUGAUUUUCUCUAGCGGUGAUUCAGUCUCAAAAAUGUACAAAAUCAUAUCCAGGAUACUUGUGCGAGAGAGCAUGAAUGUGUUGGAGCCCUUGAAACGCACCCCGAUACAACGGGGCCUCGUGAAAGCGGUGAAGAGAGCGGACGAGCCAGGCAAAGUGGCUAACCUGAAAAAGUAUUGGUUCGACAAGUACAUGAAUUACAUCAAGAACUAUGAGCGCACGCUUGAACAGAAGUUUCCGCGUACGAUGCAGGUGUAUCGCGUGUUCAGCGUCGGCAGCAAAGACGUAUACACGGACGUGAAAAGUUUCGUCUUCGCUAUAAAGAAACAAGGGUCGAACGGCAUAGAUAGCUUGACGCGGGAGGAGCUGCAGUUGAUGUACACGAUGCCGAGAGACCUGCGAAAACUGUCACCGUUGUUCCUGCUGUCAGCUAUUCCGUUUACGAAUUACAUUAUUUUUCCCCUAGCCCUUUACUUUCCGCGCUAUCUAUUGACGUCGCAUUAUUGGACGCUGCAGCAGAAAUUAGACUUCAUGCUGUCCGAUCACAAGAACCGGCUCAGGCACAAUAGGCCGUUGCUCAGAUGCAUGCAGGCGGAGCUCAAGACCAUCAAAGAUCAAACGCUCAGGAUAAAGUGGCGAGAUGUUAUAGCCUGUCUGGGAAGUGGUACACAUCCAACCACCAAGAAUAUUAUAGCAUGUUCUAAGCUCUUCUCAGGUCCACCGUAUUCCCUUAAUUCUCUAAAAAGGAGACACCUGAAAGAAUUAUUAGCAAUACAUGGUAUGUCUAUGUGGAGGCCUUUCAAGAGAAAAAGAUUGAUGGAAAGGGGUAUGUUAAUUUUGCGAAUGGAUCGUGCUAUUGUAAAAGAAGGAGGAGUAAAAGCAAUGUCUAAUGAAGCAAUGCGAUGGGCUCUAUCUUUUAGAGGUGUAAACCCUGCAAAUAUGUCUGUAGAAAAUAUGAGGAGCUGGCUUGAGCAAUGGUUAACAGUAUCAGCAUCUGUUGAUAAAAAUAAUAUAUCUUUGAUAUUACAUAGCCCAAUUUUAUUAGCUUAUAACCAUACAACAAAUUGGAUCCUUAUAUAUAAUUAAAAAAAUAAAAAAAGAUGACUUCUUCGUUUUUGCGAGAUCUUGGAUUAUUUAUUAUAAUAAUAUUAAUUUUCACAAAAAUUUACUUUGAAAUUUCUAGUUAAUUUAGCAAUCAUUUUUUGCUUAAAAAAUAUUUUGCAUAUAUUACUAAACUAUUAAAAAGAUAAUAUGUUGCUCUUUCUCUUGUGAGUACACAGAUAAACAUCGUUUUUUGUAAAUACUUUAAUAUCUAUUUCGUCAAUCAAUAUCUCUUUAUAUAUAUAUAUAUACACAAUUUUUGUGCAAUAUAUCGAAAAAAUAAUUGUAUAAAUAAAUAUAAAUUAUUUUGUAUAUAUAAUGUAUGAUAAGAACUUGCUAUAUUUCUAUUUACAUCUAUAAAUUGUUACUUAAUAUACUGAAGAAAAUUUAACAUAUACAUACAAAAAAUAAGAGUGCAAAUUUAUACUUUUCUACUUCAGUAUAAAGGGAGUGUAACUUUAAUCUUUAGUUUGUUAAUAUUGUUAUACAAUAUUCUAUAUUGUUGUACAGUUAAACCUACUAAAUAAUAUGUGUUUAUGCAAAAA